AUGGGAACUGAAUGGAAAAUGGAAGAAUCUGGAGUGACGCGGUUCAGUAGCUACAAUGCCAGAUACCCUUCACCACCUUUCCACCUCCUCCUCCACCACUCCCCCUUUCAUCACCCCAAAAUUUCCUUCGCUUUCCCGCCCCAAGCACGCCCAUUUGGCCCCUCCUCCUCCGCAACCCGAUUCCAAUUCCAUCUUCAUUUCCAUCCCUUCCACCGCCCCCCAUCAUCCAGUUCCCAGGAAAAUAACAACAUUGCCCCUCCUCUCAAAUUCCAGCUCCUCCAGGAGAAACUCCUCUACUUAGACUCCCUCGGCCUCGAUUCUCUCUACUGCCUCGCUGCCCACUCACCUAUCCUUUUUACUCCUCUCUCCCAGAUCAAGUCCCUCGUCAAAUUCCUCCACUCCCUCGGCCUCACCACCCCUGAUCUCCGUCGCGCUUUUUCCAUGUGCCCCGACCUUCUGGCCACCCCUCUCAGAACCGUCUUGAGACCCGCCGUUACUUUUCUCCUCCGGGAGGCCCACGUCAGCGGCAAGGAUCUCCGUCACGUCAUCAACCGCCGCCCCCGCCUCCUCACUUGCAGCGUCGACCGCCGCCUUCGCCCGACCCUUUACUUCCUCCGAGGUACCAUUGGCAUUGACGAUGUCAGCAGGUGCGCUCCUCUUCUCUCCUGCUGCGUCGAAUCAAAGUUCAUCCCUCGUCUCGACUAUUUUUUGAAACUUGGGAUACCCAAAAGGGAGGCCAUUUCGCUAUUUCGGAGGUUUCCGUCCCUGUUUUGUUACAGUAUAGAGGAGAAUUUAGAGCCCAAAUUCAAUUACUUCGUGGUGGAAAUGGGAAGGGAGUUGAGGGAGUUGGUUGAUUUCCCACACUAUUUUUCGUUUAGCUUAGAGAAUAGGAUAAAGCCAAGGCACAAGAUGUGUGUGGAGAGGGGGGUGUGUCUGUCAUUGCCUGUGAUGUUGAAGUCUUCGGAGGCCCGAUUUAUGGAUAGGUUGGAAGUCUGUUGUGAUUCUUCGUUUCCUUUGGCAACUUCUCCAUUGUGGUGCAAAAGGGUCAAUCUUGAUAUUGAUGUAACAUAGGAAAAAUCAUAGUCCUGUAUACAUUCUCUAAUGCACUGCACUUGUAUCUGCUUACAACAAAAUAAGGAAAAGUAAAUACGAAAUUCCAUUUUUUUGCUGAAUUUGAUCGAUGUUUAGAUUUAUUCUUGAGAUUGCAGCUAAAAAUGGAA